CUUGGGUGCCUCCGCAGAAAGGACCGCAGGACCCCGCCGUCAUGUUUCCGGAGCCCCCAACCCCCGGGCCUCCAGCGUCCGACACGCCUCCGGACUCAAGUCGCAUCAGCCACGGCCCUGUGCCCCCCUGGGCCCUGGCCACAGUCGUGCUGGUCUCAGGCCUCCUCGUCUUCAGCUGCUGUUUCUGUCUGUACCGGAAGCGUUGUCGGAGGCGGCUGGGCAAGAAGAGCCAGGCGCAAGCCCAGGUCCACCUUCAGGAAGUGAAGGAGCUGGGCCGGAGUUACAUAAACAAGGUGCAACCGGAAGUGGAGGAGCUGGAGCCGGCACUGUCCGGGCCAGGGCAGCAGGUGGCAGAGAAGCACGAGCUGGGACGACUGCAGUACUCCCUGGAUUACGAUUUCCAGAGUGGCCAGCUGCUGGUGGGCAUCCUGCAAGCCGAGGGGUUGGCGGCCUUGGAUCUGGGCGGUUCUUCGGACCCCUACGUGCGGGUUUACCUGCUGCCAGACAAGCGGAGGCGGCAUGAGACCAAGGUGCAUCGGCAGACGCUGAACCCACACUUUGGGGAGACCUUCGCCUUCAAGGUCCCCUACGUGGAGCUGGGAGGCAGGGUCCUGGUCAUGGCGGUGUACGACUUCGACCGCUUCUCCCGCAACGAUGCCAUCGGGGAGGUGCGGGUCCCCAUGAGCUCCGUGGACUUGGGGAGACCCGUGCUGGCCUGGCGGGAGCUGCAGGCGGCUCCGAAGGAGGAGGUGAGCGCGCUUGGCCACGCCCACCACAGCCCCUGGGCCAAUCAGAUCACAGACCUCCAGGGCCAAUCAGAUCUCAG